AUGUCGGAGGGCAAGUACGGCAGUGUGUUGUACCCGAACCAUACCUACAAAGCCGUGAGAGUGGAAGCGGAGUCGUACGGCUACCUGUAUGUGGUGUGGUGUAGCGGAGAGCAUGAGCUGUACGACACGAAGGCGGAUCCGUACCAGCUGAACAAUCUGUACCAGACGGAUCAUUCGGCGCAUUUCAACGCGUACCUCGAUUCGGCAGAACAUGCGCAGGCUGAGCCUUUGCUCAUGGCCGAGCCUGUCUCGGUUUCCAACACCUCCGCGUACCGGAAACGACAGAACGACGCUGAGGCUGUCGCAUCCGGGGCUACCGUGGCAAGGCUGACCCUCCGGCUCGAUGCCCUGCUCUUGGUGCUCAAGACCUGUUCGGGGCGACAAUGUACGCACCCAUGGGAAACACUCUUCCCUCGUGGUGAGGUGCAAAGUCUCGCAGACGCUCUCGACCAGCGGUACGAAGACUUCUUCGAAACCCAGGUAGACACAGUGCAGUUUGAAAAAUGCGAGAAGGGGUAUAUUGCAGAAAGCGAAGGACCGGUGUGGAGCGGUAGCCAAGUAUAUGGCAUGAAUCACGAAAUGGCAUUCGAGUAG